CCAGUAUGGUAAACAGUCUGAAGCAACAAGAAAAUUCGAGCUUCUUCUAGCUAUCUCUGAAACCUGAGACUGAGAGCACAACAUUCCAUAAAGAAAUGGCAUUGGUUCUCUUCCUUGUGUUUUCACUUUUGCUACGAGGAGCCUUUGGAGAAUUAAUAUGCGAAGAAUUGCCAGCUGAAAUGUGCGCAUUUUCAAUUUCAUCCUCGGGGAAGAGAUGCUUGUUGGAGACUUAUGCACCAACCGAUGCAACGACCAAGUACCAGUGCAAGACAUCUGAAGUUGCGGUGAACAUUAACAUGAAUGGACACGUCGAGACUGAGGAGUGCAUCAAGGCAUGUGGGCUUCAAAGAAACGUUGUUGGGAUUUCAUCAGAUACCCUCCUUGAUUCCGGAUUCGCAUCCGAGCUUUGCUCUCAGGAUUGUUCAGAGAACUGCCCCAACAUUGUUGAUCUUUACAACGAUUUGGCUCUGGCGGAAGGCCUGAAUUUGUCAGAAAUGUGCAAGGCACUGAAAAACAGCCCACGCCGUAUCAUGGCUCAGGUCCGAAGUUCAGGUUCUGCCUCAGGUCCUGCCUCUUCUGCUGCUGCUCCAUUUGCAGCUGAAGCAUUGAAUCCUGCCUCAGUUGAAUCAUUAUACUCCGCUGCAUGGGCUCCUGCUCCCCUGUUAAAUUAAUCUCAAAAUUAUGAAUUUGCUGCUAUGUAUGUAAUAUAUUUGACGAAUUUAUUCUGAUGGAGUAAUAUGUUUUAAGUCCGAAUUUCAUA